UAAAUAAGUGAGGUCAAAGGUUAUCAUAUACGCUGCGCCUUCCUAAUCUCUGUCUGUCCGUUGUGUUGGCCCGUCUGGCAGUCUGGGUAUCUCGAUUUUUCAUGCAACUCAAUUACCUGCGGUGAAUACCUACAUAGCAAUACCUUAGUCGUUUGCAAUUUGCUGCUUUUUGUUGUUGCUGUACUAUUUUUAUUAAGCUACAUUGUGGUCAGCUUUACAAAGGUUCAUUGCAGCCUGAUAAGAUGCUUGGUGACAAUGCUACCCAAGAAAAAAAGGCAGGAGACAUCGGUAAAAAUAUUUGGUCAUCACUACUGAGUGAGGUUUCAAGCCGCUCAACUUCGUCCAAAUUUUCUGAUGGGGAGAAAAAUAUAAUAUUACUAGGCGAUGAUUUAUCUGGUAAAACAACGUUAGCCACAAGACUUCAAGGAAAAGAAGAUCCACACAGAGGUUCAGCUUUAGAAUAUCAAUAUAUGGAAAUCCAAGAUGAGGAUGUUGAUGAAAAGGCGAUUUGUGGUAUUUGGAUUAUGGAAGGGAAUAGAUCAUACAGAUCAUUGUUACAUUUUGCAUUACCUAAAGAAAGAUUUUCUGAUUCCAUCAUUGUAUUAACAUUGGAUAUGUCGCAACCAUGGAAUAUGAUGGAAUCUCUCGAUACGUGGACGACUGUCAUCAGAGAACACAUAGAUCAAUCUAAAAUAUCUGCCGAAGAAUUGAAAUCGUUAGAAGAAAAACUAAUACAAGAUUUUCAAAAGUAUAUUGAUCCCUCGGAAGUUACGCAAGAUGAUCCGAGUAUAGUAUCACAGGCAACUUCUCGACUGUCAUCAUCAAAUGAUCCAGAUUCUGAACAAAUUACAAUUCCUCUUGGAGAAAAUACAUUAACCUGUAACUUAGGAAUUCAACUCAUUGUUGUUUGUACAAAGUGUGAUUUCACAGAAAAAUUAGAAAAAGACAAUGAUUAUAAGGAAGAACAUUUUGAUUUUAUUCAACACAGACUACGGACAUUUUGUUUAAAAUACGGUGCUGCAUUAUUUUAUACAUCAGUGAAAGACAAUAAAAAUACAGAGAUUCUACAUAGAUAUUUACUGCAUAAAUUAUACGGAUUUCCUUUCGAUGUAUCGGCAUCAGUGGUGGACAAAGAUGCAGUGUUUGUACCUUCUGGUUGGGAUACUGAAAAGAAAAUAAGUAUAAUCAGCGAUAAUUUUACUAAAGUUUCAGUUAACGAUGCAUUUGAAGAUGUAAUUGCAAGACCUAUUGUUCGAAAGCCUUUACAAGAAAUGAAAGAAAUAACAGCAGAGGAUGAACAGAUCUUUUUAACGAAAGCACAGACCCUUCUUAGUGCCCCACCUGCUGGGCCAGGAGCAACUCGAGCAUCUGUUCCGAACCGAACAACUGCCGAUGCAAAUAGACUCAAAGCAGCACAAACUAGUCGAGCAUCACUCGGUGGACUUUCUGGUGCUUCCGCACCGAAAAUUAAACCAGAUCCGAACAAACCAGCUCAGUCAAAUGAACGAGUUCUGGCAAAUUUUUUCAAUUCAUUGUUGAACAAGAAACCUGGUUCUCCUGCUUCUCCUGCUCCCUCGGAUAAAACAGCUGCUGAUCUUGCAAGACUUCAGCAACAAGCUAAUAUAAAACAAAGAAAUUCACCUUCUGGUAGCAAACAACCGACGUCAGGAGCAUCUUAAUAAAAAACAACUUUUCAGUGUUUAAUAUAAGAAAUUGCAUAUAUUAUUAUUGUUAUCUACGUUGAUUUGCCUUUGAGACAGUAUCAUGGCAAAAUGCAACUCUUGCUGACUAAAGCAUUUGAAGCGAAUUACUUCACUGGAAUAUUUUAUUGUCAAUUGUUUAUCAUGCUAACCUGUAAAGCUGCUUCGUAAGAAUGCCUUUUCGAUCUAUGGACGGUAUUCUGAACUUGAAGAAAAUCAAAGAGGAAUCAGUAUUUGACUCUAAUUUUAAAAUGCCUGAAAGCUUGCUACUUCGUAAAAUGUUCUUGUUUGUAAUUCAGUAAUUACAUUGUCGGUACAUAUUAUGCAUAGAAAAUUUUUUUCAAGAUGGCAAUUUAAAACUGAUGAUUACCGCAAUGCUUGAAAUUCAAAUACUAUAACUAAAAACUGUUGGUAAUAAAGUAGAUGAAGAAGAAAUGUUAUUUUGUUGAAAAAAAUCUUUAUUCAAUAAAAGGUCAUUUUGCCAUUGUUUUUUAUGAUUAAAAUUGGCUUGAAAAUGAUGUUUCUUCAAAAUUAUUAGUAAAUCUUGUGUGUUUUUAAUCAAAUGCAAGUCAAAUAUUUACACGCUGAAUCAAAAGUUAACUAGCAUGCAUAAUAUAGCCAAUAGAUGAAAAUAGGACACAAAAAUAUACUGUCAAUUGUUACUGAAUUAUUUUUGAACAAUUGAAAAAAAGUUUCAAUUGUUAAUUUCUUCUCAUUCAAGUCUUGGAAGAGUUCAAAUGAUUGUUCCAUUAUGUCUUUUAUUCUUACCUAUCCACGUGCCAUUUUAUGUUAUGGUGUCAUCUUCACAAAUCUCAUUAGUACUUUUGUUGUUUGUAUAACUCUUUAUAAUUGUGAAACAGACUGACAUUAUUAUCCGUCUUGUUGCAAUAAGUUUACAAUUGCAGAUUCUUUGUAGAAUCUCCUAACGAGUCUGUUGUUUUUCAAUAGCAAUGGGUAGCAACUAGUUUUAAGUUGUCUGAUGCAAAGCAUAAUUUAACCAGUCAGUGAUGUUCUGUAUUUAUGUAACAUAUGUCAACAUACACAAAGUUGACAAUGUGUCUCAAACUAUAUGAAGAUGAAUUUUUCUGUUCUCCGUAUUUCUCAAUCUUAAAUAUUGACUGAACAAGACUAUAUGGUGUUUUGUAGUAUAAGUCAAAAAUUUCAUAAGAUUGCGUAUAAGAAGUCCAGCUAUUAGUUUUCAGAAUAAAAACUUUCAGAUAAUUACGAUUUGGACUGUUGUUAUAUUAUGGCAGAUUGAAUUUGAUUAUAAAGAUACUUUGUGUUUCGAGUCUAACAAUACAAAUAAACUAUCUUAUAUUAUCGUCUAUUUUUGCACUUUAUUUUUUUCAUAAUUUUUCUUGUCAUGUUGUAAUAAAUAACAUGCUACGUUCAAAUAUAUGGUGGAAGUUCUGCUUUUCGCAUGGUUAUUACUAUUAAUUAAUUACGGUAAUUAGUAUAAUAUCAAACUAUUAAAUGUAUUGACUAUUGAAUAAUUUAUUUUCGUUUCUUUCCUAAAAUUACACUUAACAUUAGAUUUUAUUUUGAGCGUAGAUUUCUAUCAUAUCCCUGCUGAAAUAUUUGGUAAAAUUUACUUCUUAAUGACAAAUUUUACGGUUUUCAUAUGUGCUUUUUGCAAUAUGAUUAUCCAUUGGCCUAUGCUGCUGAUAGUUGGCAUGUGGCCACACAUACUCCAAUAAUUUAGUAUGCAAUUGCAUUUAUGUUCAGUACCUACGGUAAUUGAUUUAAUGUGCUGUAGUUUUUGUGUCAUCCAUGACAAUGUAUGUCAUUUUUAGACGUUAGUCUUGAAUUAAGAAAUAUGUACUAUGAAUAUGUAGGUCUUCUUGCAUGAAUUUUGAUAUUUUAUGGAUGUAUAUUUCAUGGAAGUUAUUUCUUUGUCUAAAUUAAUAAAAGCAUGUUCGAUUUUGGAUGGAUUAAA